AAUUAAAAAUUAUAAUUCCAAUCUCAUAAUAAUAUAAAUAAUCAGGCAGAUUGAAAUGAUUGAUUGAAUUAUGUAUUCACAAAUCAUUGAUUUUGUUUGUUAGAGAUUGAUAUAAUCAUCAUCUAACAGUGACGGAGAGGAGAGAUGUUGGAGAAAUGAUUGAUUGUAUUUGCAGAGAUUGAUCCCCAGAAGAAGAAGAAGCAAUGGGUGGAGGAGGAAAUGGCAUUUGGAGGAAUGGGUGCCAGGAGGUCGCCAAUACCAAGCCUUUGUUUCUUACGGUUUAUGCCACCAUCCUCGUCGGAAUCCUCUUCUCUUCCUUUUAUGUUUUCUCUGCCGUCUUCUCCGCCACUAAGUCCUCUCCUCUCUCCUCCACUGCUUGGAUAUCCUCUCCUCCUUCGUCUCUCUCUCAUGUUGAUCAAUCAGUCAACGCUUCUAAUCAAGCUAAAGUAGCUGUCGGUUCCAUUUCAACGACGUCGCCGCCUCCCAGCAGCAUUCAGAGAACACGCAUUUGGGAAGUUCCUCCACGCAAUUCGAAAAUGCCUCCUAUCGAGAAAUUUAGACUCACAAAGCAAUUGGUUGGGCAAAGGGUGAAGGACAAUGUCAUUAUAGUCACCUUCGGUAAUUAUGCUUUUAUGGAUUUUAUCCUUACUUGGGUUAAACACUUGACAGACUUGGGGCUUUCUAAUCUUCUUGUUGGUGCUAUGGAUACUAAGCUAUUAGAGGCUUUAUACUGGAAAGGUGUCCCAGUUUUUGACAUGGGAAGUCACAUGAGUACAGCAGAUGUUGGCUGGGGCUCACCUACCUUUCAUAAAAUGGGGAGAGAAAAAGUUAUUCUGAUAGAUGCUAUCCUUCCUUUCGGCUAUGAGCUACUCAUGUGUGACACAGACAUGGUUUGGUUGAAGAACCCACUGCCAUAUCUUGCUCAUUAUCCCGAUGCAGAUGUUUUAACUUCAAGUGAUCAGGUUGUACCGACUGUUGUUGAUGACAGGUUGGACAUCUGGCAAGAAGUUGGUGCAGCCUACAAUAUUGGAAUUUUCCACUGGCGGCCGACGAAGUCUUCAAUAAAGUUGGCAAAAGAGUGGAAAGAUAUGCUUCUCGCUGAUGACAAUAUUUGGGAUCAGAAUGGCUUCAAUGAUAUUGUGCGGAAGCAAUUAGGACCAGCUGUUGAUGGUGACAGUGGACUUGCGUAUGCUUAUGAUGGAAAUCUCAAGCUGGGAAUUUUACCAGCAAGUAUAUUUUGUAGUGGACAUACUUACUUUGUCCAGGCCAUGUACCAACAACUUAGAUUGGAGCCAUAUGCUGUGCAUACCACAUUCCAGUAUGCAGGUACUGACGGAAAGCGACACCGGUUACGGGAAGCCAUGGUUUUUUAUGAUCCGCCAGAUUACUAUGAUGCACCAGGGGGGUUUCUGUCAUUUAAGCCAUCUAUUCCAAAGAGUUUGUUACUAGAUGGGGAGCACAACCUUGAAUCCCACUUUUCCCUUAUUAAUUACCAGAUUAAACAAAUAAGGUCAGCGCUUGCAAUUGCUUCCUUGUUGAAUCGUACACUGGUCAUGCCUCCAUUAUGGUGCAGAUUGGAUAGGCUAUGGUUUUCCCAUCCUGGGGUUCUGAAGGGAACUAUGACUAGACAACCUUUUAUCUGCCCUUUGGACCACGUGUUUGAGGUGAAUGUGAUGUUAAAACAGCUGCCGGAGGAGGAGUUUGGCCCUGGUAUCAGCAUCAGAGAGUACUCAUUUUUGGACAAUCCUUCCUUGCCCAAACAAGUGAAAGAGUCGUGGCUUGAUGUCCAGCUUUGUCAAGAAGGAACUCAAGAUUGUUUCGCAUCAAAUAAAACGAGUUCAUCAGGGGUACUCAGAUUUCCAAAUCACAGCAAUGAAGAAAUGUUCAAGACCAUAUUCUCGUCCUUCAAGGAAGUCAAAGUUAUUCAGUUCUCUUCAGUGCAAGACGCCUUCCUGGGUUUUACUGACAAGCAUUUUCUACAAUUUGAAGAGUAUACUGUGGUCUGUUAUUCAUAUACUAAUACAAUGGUAAAUUUGUGGUCAGAAAAUAGAAGAAAAAUUUAGGAACCGUGUGAAAAGGUACGUGGGUAUAUGGUGUUGUGUGGAGAAUCACACACCUGGACAUAUAUAUUAUGACAUGUACUGGGAUGACAAACCUGACUGGAAACCAAUGCCACCAGAGACUCCAGAGCAAGACCACCCACCUUGGUAAGCCCUUACGCCAAUUAUAUAUUUUAUUGAAAUAUGUGAGAUAACACAAAAGAACAAAGGAGAACACGUGGAGCUAGUUUAGAAAGAAGACAUAUAUAGAUGAAACUUAAAAGAGGAUAGUACCAAGAUGGUUUAGUUCCUUGCACAGGUUAAGCCAACAUCUGUGCUUGUAUUUAUGGAUAUUCAAUGUUUUUAGAGGAAGGGAUUAGGGAGGAUUGAUUUAUGUCCUGUAAUCACUGUAACCUUAGAGGAAUUUCAUUUUUUAUGUACUGUCAUCUUGUAUUUUUUUAAAAGAAUUCUUUUGUCUUCU